AUGAAGGCUGCCGUGCUUACAGCACAAGGACCGCCCAGCGUCCUUCAGAUUCAGCAGGGCUACCCGCCGCCGCAGCGCCGGCCUGGGGAGGUCCUGGUGCGCGUGGCGGCGGCAUCAGUCAACCCUGUAGACGUGAAGACGCGAUCCGGGGUUGUGCCGCGCCUCGUCACCGCCAUCCCGCGGAUCCUGGGAUCUGACGUGGCGGGCGUGGUCGAGGCAGCGGAUGAGGGCAGCCCCUUCAGAAAGGGCGACCGCGUCUUCGGCUGCACAGGGCAGCACAUAUUCAAUUCCAGAUACGGCACCUAUGCAGAGCUAGUCAGCGCCAGCGAAGACGCUUUUGAAAAGAUCCCGGACGGCGUGGGCUACGAGGAGGCUGCCGCCGUGCCCCUGGCCGCCAUGACGGCGUGGCAGGCGCUGGAGGCGCGCAUGCCGCUGGAGGGCAAGGCGGUGCUGGUGCACGCGGGGUCGGGCGGCGUGGGCACCUUCGCCAUUCAGAUUGCCAAGGCGCUGGGUGCGCGCGUCACCGCCACCUGCGGCCCCUCCAACGUGGCCUUGGUGACCCAGACCCUGGGCGCUGACGUGGCAGUCGACUACACCAAGGACAGGUUUGAUGACGUCGCCCCGGGGCCGUAUGACGUCAUCGUGGACCUCAUCGGGGGCGACUACGAGACCAGGGGCGUGAAGCUGCUCAAAAGAAGAGGGAAGGGCGAGCCUGGGGGCCACUACACCAACCUGCUGACCCACGGCUGGAACAAGAAGUACGGCCCCGGCCUGGGUGGCGCCAUCACGCUGCUGAGCGCAGCCAGGGGCACCCUGCUGUCUGCGCUGGGGCUGGGCCCAAGCUACGAGCUGGUGACCAUCCAGGCCAAGGCGUCCCGCGGGCUGCAGCAGGUGGCCGCCCUGAUGGCGGAGGGCAAGGUGAAGCCCCUCAUCGACAGGGUGCUGCCCCUGGAGCAGGUGGCGGAGGCUCACGCGCACUCGGAGGGCGGACACGCGCGCGGCAAGAUCGUCCUCAGGGUGGCGGAGCUGUGA